AAGGACGGUGUUGUUGAGUGUUGGUAACCACCUGCGCAUUUUAUCAUUCCCCCUGAUCUCCGCUUCCUCCGAUCAUCAUCGCAUCUUUCCGGUGGUAGCUUCCUGCUGUCCGCCGGUCAUCAUCGUCAUAUCUCCUUCAUUUUCUAUACAUAUAUAUACAUAUACAUAUAUAUAUAUAUAUUCUAUUGUAAUAAGAUUCAUUAAAAAAAUGGCGUACCGUAGACGCCAAACUUCAAAGGACGUCACCGACAACACCACGGCGGCACCUCCAGCGUCAUCACUAGCUGCUCAGGCGAUCAAAGCUUCCGCCGCUCACCGUGAUUCUUCUUCUUUCUCUUCUGCCUAUUCUAGCUCCUCUUCUUUUCACUCCGAUCGAUCUAAGGGUUCUGCUACCUAUGAUUAUACAUCGAUGGGAAGUACGAAUGAACCAGGAGGUUUUUGGGGUGUUUUAGCAAGAAAGGCUAAAUCAAUUCUCGAUGAUGAUGAGGCUCCUCGUCGUUUUAAUACUCCUGGCAGUUUGAAGACGGAAACAGUCUCGACAAGCAACCAGGUUGAGCAUCGUUAUGAGUCUUUUGAGAACUCCCGAAAAAUCGAUAAUCCAAAAUUAAGGAAGGGUUUAGAUAGACUCGCAUCCUCACUUAAUCAAAUUGGUGGCUCGAUUGGGAAUGCCUUUGAGGAAGGGCGAACAAUUGUGGACAAGAAAACUCAAGGUAUCAUACAAGAAACUCGCAAGCUGCAGAGCAGGAGAAAAGGAACGACCGAUGAACCGAACGAGUUUUUUGGCUUGCAGGACCCAUUACAGGAACCUAGAAGGCUAUCUGAACAAGAACAGACAAACCAAGAAAAUCAAAUCAAGGCAUCUCGCGACGUGGCGAUUGCAACCGCUGCUAAGGCGAAACUACUCCUACGGGAGCUGAAAACUCUCAAAGCAGAUUUGGCCUUUGCAAAAGAUAGAAGCUCACAGUUAGAAGAAGAAAAUAAGAUGUUACGCGAGGCUCUUGAAAAAGGAGAACACCCUACAGACGAUGACAUGAUACGUCUUCAACUUGAAUCACUUUUGGCAGAGAAGGCUCGUUUGGCUAAUGAGAAUUCUAUAUAUGCACGUGAGAACCGCUUUUUGAGAGAAAUUGUUGAAUACCAUCAACUAACAAUGCAAGAUGUCGUGUAUCUGGAUGAGGGUAUCCAAGAGGUUACAGAAGUUAAUCCAGGAUUGUCCAGAACACUAUCCACCUCAGCCUUACCUCCAUUACCUUCAUCCCCUAAAAUAUCUAGAACACAUUCUACCUCAGCCUUACCUCCAUUACCUUCAUCCCCACGUGAACCUCCUUGAUUCGUGUUCUGGUUAGUGGUAGCGCCAUGCUUAAUUCUUUUGUUCUUUUAAUGUUUUGUGGUUUAUUUUUACUUGGGUGAUGGGGGUGAUUAUUUAUUCUUUGUUUGGUUUUGUAAGUAGUGUCUAGUGUGAUAUGUUGAUGAACAAUAACAGAAGGCUUGUUAUGUAUUUGUGGCCUGUUAUGGCUAUCCCAUGAUUCUUUGCAAAUAAUUUGGAUACAUAAGAACAAUUCUUUUGAUGUUGUA